AUGUUGUGGUGUGUCGGGGCAAAGCACGUGAGGGGCUAUACGUCAUCACAAGCACGCGCAGACAACAUGGCGGCCGCGGCGGCGGGUGUCGGGAGCGGGAAGAUUAUAUAUGAACAAGAGGGUGUAUUUAUUCAUUCAUCUUGUGGAAAGAUCAAUGAUCAAGACAGUUUGAUCUCAGGAAUAUUGCGUGUCCUAGAAAAGGAUGCCGAUGUAAUAGUGGACUGGAGACCAUUGGAUGACACAUUAGAUUCUUCUAGUAUUCUUUAUGCUGGAAAGGAUUCCAGUUCAGUUGUGGAGUGGACUCAAACCCCUAAAGAGAGAGUUCUUCGGGGAUCGGAACAUCUGAGCAGUUAUGAAGCAGAGUGGGAUAUGGUCAACACAGUUUCAUUUAAAAAAAAGCCACACACUAAUGGAGAUGCUCCAAGUCAUACGAAUGGGAAAAGCAAAUGGUCAUUCCUGUUCAGUUUGACAGACCUGAAGUCAAUCAAGCAAAACAAAGAGGGUAUGGGCUGGUCUUAUUUGGUAUUCUGUCUAAAGGAUGACGUCGUCCUUCCUGCUCUUCAUUUUCAUCAUGGAGAUAGCAAACUACUGAUUGAAUCUCUUGAAAAAUAUGUGGUAUUGUGUGAAUCUCCACAGGAUAAAAGGACUCUUCUUGUGAACUGUCAGAAUAAGGGUCUUUCACAGUCCUUUGAAAAUCUCCUUGAUGAACCAGCCUAUGGCUUAAUUCAAGCAGGACUACUAGACAGAAGGAAGUUGUCGUGGGCCAUUCACCAUUGGAAAAAAAUCAAAAAGGACCCAUAUACAGCAACUCUUGUAGGAUUUUCCAAAGUCACAAACUACAUUUUUGAUAGUUUGAGAGGCAAUGAUCCUUCAGCUCAUCAGCGACCCCCUUCAGAAAUGGCAGAUUUUCUUAGUGAUGCUAUUCCAGGUUUAAAAAUUAACCAACAAGAAGAACCAGGAUUUGAAGUCAUCACUAGAAUUGAUUUAGGAGAACGACCUAUUGUUCAGAGGAGAGAUCCUGUAUCCCUGGAUGAAUGGUCUAAGAACAUGGAUUCAGAAGGAAGAAUAUUAAAUGUAGAUAGCAUGAAGCAAAUGAUAUUCAGAGGGGGACUCAGUCACGUGUUGAGAAAACAAGCAUGGAAAUUCCUUCUGGGAUAUUUUCCUUGGGAUAGUACUAAGGAAGAAAGAACUCAUUUGCAAAAAUUAAAAACUGAUGAAUAUUUCCGGAUGAAACUGCAGUGGAAAUCUGUCAGUGAGGAGCAAGAGAAAAGAAACUCAAGGCUGAGGGAUUAUAGGAACCUUAUAGAAAAAGAUGUUAAAAGAACAGACCGAACAAACAAGUUUUAUGAAGGCAAAGAUAAUCCAGGAUUGAUUUUACUUCAUGACAUUUUGAUGACCUAUUGUAUGUAUGAUUUUGAUUUGGGAUAUGUCCAAGGAAUGAGUGACUUGCUUUCCCCACUUUUGUAUGUAAUGGAGAAUGAGGUCGAUGCUUUUUGGUGCUUUGUAUCUUACAUGGAUCAAAUGCAUCAGAAUUUUGAAGAACAGAUGCAAGGCAUGAAGACACAGCUAAUUCAGCUAAGUACCUUACUUCGCUUGCUGGAUAGCGGAUUUUGCAGUUACUUAGAAUCUCAAGACUCAGGAUACCUUUAUUUUUGCUUCCGCUGGCUUCUAAUUAGAUUCAAAAGGGAAUUUAGCUUUCUAGAUAUCCUUCGAUUAUGGGAGGUAAUGUGGACUGAAUUGCCCUGUCAGAAUUUCCAUCUUCUUCUUUGUUGUGCUAUUCUGGAAUCUGAAAAGCAGCAAAUCAUAGAAAAGCAUUAUGGUUUUAAUGAAAUACUUAAGCAUAUCAAUGAGUUGUCCAUGAAAAUUGAUGUGGAAGACGUACUAUGUAAGGCAGAAGCAAUAUCUAUACAGAUGGCCAAAUGCAAGGAAUUGCCUCAAGCAGUCUGUGAAAUUUUGGGACUCCAGAACAGUGAAGUCACAACACCAGAUUCAGACACUGGGGAAGAUGAAAAUGUUGGUGUGACUAAUUGUUCUACACCUGCAUUUCAGAAUAGGUCCUUGCCUUUAAUUACUACCAAUGGAACCAGAGAUGACAACACGAGGCAGUUAGGGAUAUCACAAAGUGUCAGCAGAUUAACACCUGCAUGAUCAGUCUUCUUUACUUAAUUUUUUAAGAGACACUUUGCUGCGGAUUCUUUUUCAAGUACUUGAAAGGUGGAUAUUUAUAAUUUGGAGUUGAUUAUGCUUUAAGGUUUUUGGAAAGAAUGUGUACUGUGAUGUUCUUGCAUUAAAGCUUUACAAAGAUUUAAACUAAUUAUUUUUGUAGUUACUUCUACCAAAUAGCCUUUUCUUUUCAAUAACAUUCCUUAAUAUUUUUAUAGCCAAGUGCAUUUUCUUUUCUUGCUGAUGAACUGGAAUUGCAUAGUAUUUUAAGUGGAUGAGUUGGAAAUUAUGCACUUUUAAAAUCAUUCACUUUGUUUACCAGAAGUCUUGGUGGUUUUUGGAUUUGAUGGAAUUAAAAUUGAAGCUUGCAGCCAAGUUGAAAAAGUAGCUUGUUUCACAGUAGAGAUGAUCUGACAAAAAAAAGGAUUUGUUUCUUAACUGUUUACAAAAAAUAUUCUCCUUAAGUAUUUGUGCUGAUUGAAUGUAGAUUUGAAUUGGACAUUUUAAAAUUCAGUUUGAUGUCCACAUAAUGAUCUGUUUUUCCCGUAAGUGGAAGAACAGUAUAUUUUUACAUGUUAACAUCUCUUCACUUGUGCAUAUAAAUACUACAUAUAUGAGCACUUAUUUAUGAGUAUUAAAAGGAUAGGCAUAUUUUCAUUAUUUAGCACAAUAAAUUUGACUUGAUUUGUACAAACUAAUUUGACAAAAUUAAUGCAUACCUUCAGUAUGAGCUCUUUUUUCAAAACUAUUUUCUUAACUAAAGAUUUAUUUCAUGAAAGUACAUUUAAUCCUGUUCCUGGUGUAAUUUUAAAAUUCAUUGCUGGUAAUCUAACUUUACUAAUAAUGUUUAUUCUUUCCUAAUAAUGCAUUAACUGAUUAGUAAACUCUUUAAAUUUUUAUGAAGGACUCCUGGGGGGAAACCUCAAAAUAUGUAUAAAAUCUCAAAGAUAGUAAUCACAUUUCUCAUAAUAAUGCAUUUUUUUUGUAUAUGACAAAGGCUGUUUGUUUAUCCCACACUAUGUACUGCAUGACUUUUUAAAGUUAUGUGGAAUUAACAUAACUGAUUCACUGUAUUGUAAUUUGUUAACUCCUGUACAUAUUAUGAAAUAAACCUGAAGUUGAUUUAG